GCUGGAAGAGGACAUGGCUGGGACAGCUGACCCCAACUGACCAAAGAGAUAUUCCACACCAUAUGAAAUCAUGUUCUGCAUAUAAAACUGAAGGAAGAAGAAGAAGGGGACACUCAGAGUGAUGGAGUUUAUCUUCCCAACAUGAAGCUCCAGCGUGUGAUCCUGGGUGCUCUGCUUCUCCCGCUGCUGGUCGGCUGCAGCCAUGCACUCAAGACUUCUGCCAUCGACCUGCGCACCUUCAUUGGCUGCGCUGUGCGUGAAUUCACCUUCCUGGCCAAGAAACCUGGCUGCAGGCCGCUGCGGGUGACAACGGAUGCAUGCUGGGGACGCUGCGAGACCUGGGAGAAGCCGGUGCUGGUACCGCCUUAUAUCGAGUCUUAUCACCGUGUUUGCACCUACAACGAGACCAAGAUGAUGACGGUGAAGCUGCCCAAGUGUGCCCCUGAUGUAGACCCCUUUUACACCUACCCGGUGGCCAUCCGUUGCGACUGUGACAUCUGCUCCACUACCACGACUGAAUGUGAGACUGCCUGAGCUCUUCUUUCCCAGGUCAAGUGAGGAGGGGCCACAUUCUUCCCUGGCUUCGCA